CAUGAAUAUAACCGACAACGUUGAAAUAUUUACACAUCGCAUAAAUGCAUAUCUUUUGUUCUUUAGCAUAGCAGCUUAUGUGGCUUAUCUGGGUUGCCCGAAAUUCUACGUGUUCUAUGGGCUCUCCAAGCUGAUAUACGUCAUCAUCAUAGCCCAGGGCGCUUUCACGGUUUUCACGCUGGGAUUACCAGCUGCAUAUGUAGCAGCACUCAACUUCUGCAUAUGGUCAUUAAUCGUUAGAGGAUUGCAAGUCUUGAUACCAGCACUUCAUAUCCAAUCACGUGCUGGACAGAGCUCGGAAAAGAAACAAGAGUAACUACUGCUAGAAAAGUAUCGCGAUAACAAUGAUAAUGUCCAAAGCUAACAU